AUCCAAAACAAGCCUGCAAAAUAUUCCAAUUAACAACAAUAAAGAACAACUAAAUUAAUGCUAUAAAAGACACCCUUAGCAACUUGUGUUAUUUCAAAAACUAAAAUUUCAAUCAUUUAAAACAAGUACUUGAGAAUAUGGGCAUUCAUCAAGAAAAUGGUGAUAGUAAUAAUGCUUUGAAGUUUAUUGAGGAUGUUACGAGUAGAUGUGACGAAGUGCAAUGCCAAGUUUUGGCCGAGAUCUUAAGUCAAAACGCAGAGGUGGAGUACCUAAAACGAUAUGGUUUACCAAAGGGGUGCGUCGAUAGAGAGAAGUUCAAGUCUAAGGUGCCGGUAGUCAUGUAUGAAGAGUUGAAGUCAGAUAUUCAACGAAUUGCUAAUGGUGAUUUCUCUCCUAUUUUAUGUGCUCGCCCUUUUACUCAACUAUUUAGUAGCUCAGGAACUUCAGGAGGAGAGCCAAAUCUAAUACCAGCAACUGAUCAGGAAAUACCAAGGAGACACCAACAAUACAAAGUUCUCCUGCCUCUUCUCAGCCAAUGUUUUCCAGGCAUGGAGAGUGGAAAGGUAUUGAGUUUCUUAUUUAUAAGAGAUGAAACCAAGACACAAGGGGGACUUAUGGCAGUAGGAUGUUUAACUAGUUACAACAAAAGUCUUUAUGAUCUUGGAAACACACCUUGUGACCCUUACAACAACUUUACAGGCCCUAACCCUAAGGAAGCCAUACUUUGCCUAGACAACUUCCAAUCUAUUUAUACACAGCUCUUAUGUGGAUUCUACCAACGCCACGAGGUCGUUCGUGUUGACUCACACUUUGCUUCUACUUUAGUCGUGGUCAUCCACUUCCUCCGCGACCACUACUCUGAGCUCUGUGACGAUAUGUCCUCCGGUACGUUGAGUUCGAAGAUCUCGGACAUGGCCCUACGUGCUCAUAUGGCCGAGCACGUCGUGAAACAGCCCGAACCCGAGUUGGCUAAGUUGGUUUACAAUGCAUGCAAAGGAGAGAAUUGGGAGGGGAUUUUGAAAAAGAUUUGGCCUAAUAUUAAGUACUUGGAUAUUAUUAUUACAGGUUCUAUGGCCCAAUAUAUACCUAUUUUGAACUUUUAUAGUGGUGGUGUACCUAUUGUGAGUCUUAAGUACACUUGUUCAGAAGGUGCAUUUGGUAUCAAUUUGAACCCUUUGUGUGACCCUUAUGAGGUCUCUUACACCUUGAUUCCAAAUAUGGCCUAUUUUGAGUUCCUCCCCCUCAACACCUCGUCGUCGGACCGUGAGCAGUCGUCCGAUCAGCUCGUUGACUUGGCAGAUGUCAAGGUUGGACACGAGUACGAGCUCGUGGUUACAACCUACGAUGGUUUGUAUAGGUUACGAGUUGAGGAUGUUCUUAGCCCAACAGGAUUCUACAACUCGACCCCACAAUUCAAGUUCGUGAGGAGAAACAAUGUGCUACUUAGCGUACAUGCUGAAAAGACAACUGAGUCCGAGUUGCAAAAUACAAUGGAGAAAGUGUAUGAUGUGCUACAAAACUUUGGCACAAUAAGAGUGGUGGACUACACUAGCUAUGCCGAUGUCAAGACGAUUCCAGGUCACUAUGUCAUCUAUUGUGAGCUAUCUACUACUACCAGUGACGCGACAAAUAAAUUAGGGUUGGACGGCGUCAUGGAGAAAUGUUGCUUGACCAUAGAGGACUCCAUGAGUUACGUGUACCGUUAUUACCGAGUUCAUAAUCCAGCCAUUGGCCCGCUCGAGAUUCGAGUGGUGAAGAAGGGGACCUUUGACAAGAUGAGAGAUUUUGCAAUUUCAAGAGGGGCAUCUUUAGGACAAUAUAAGGUGCCAAGGUGUGUGAAAUUCAUACCUUUGCUUGAGUUGCUUAACUCUGGAGUCAUUUCAACCCAUUUUAGCCCUUCCUUGCCUCAUUGUAGUUUAUGAUCAAUAGAUUGAUCAAAACCUGCAUGUUCUUUGUUUAGGAUUGACAAAAUCUUGAAAUUUUGUGUGAGAUAAAUGUUUACAAAAUAAGGAUAAGUUUAA